AGGCAGACGCCUACCCGGUUGCCUGUUGGGUUCGGACCAGCCUCGUGUCUGACUGGUCUGCAGCCCCGAGUCCUUGCCGGGUCUUCCACUCCCCGCCGCCGGGUCUUCCACUCCCCGCCCCCGGCUCCAGCCUUCUCCCGUCUGGGCCGGUCCCCGGCUUCCAUCUCCCACCCUCAGCGGGUACUCGUUCCCCGCCUGCUGCCCUCCACGGGUCCCUGUCAGAGCCCCGGCCCCAUGGCUCUGCAGGCUUUGCAGAGCUCGGGGGUGGCCUUUCGCAAGAUCCUGUGUCACUUCCCCGAGGAGUUGAGCCUGGCUUUCGCCUACGGCUCGGGGGUGUACCGCCAGGCGGGGCCCAGCUCAGACCAGAAGAACGCCAUGCUGGACUUCGUGUUCACAGUCGAUGACCCUGUUGCAUGGCAUUCAAAAAACCUGAAGAAAAAUUGGAACCAUUACUCGUUCCUAAAAGUUUUGGGGCCCAGGUUUAUCACCACUGUCCAGAAUAACUACGGCGCCGGGGUUUACUACAACCCAUUGAUCAUGUGUGAUGGGAGGCUUAUCAAAUAUGGCAUUAUUAGCACUAGUGUUUUGAUUGAAGAUCUCCUCAACUGGAAUAACUUAUACAUUGCUGGACGACUCCAAAAACCGAACUUGUUGCCAGACAGUAUCCAGGUGAAAAUCGUAGCAAUGAAUGAGAACGUCGCUCUCAGGUCGGCCCUGGAUAAAAAUCUGAAGAGUGCCGUGACUGCUGCUUUCCUCAUGCUCCCCGAAAGCUUUUCUGAGGAAGACCUGUUUAUAGAGAUUGCCAGACUCUCAUAUUCAGGUGACUUUCGGAUGGUGGUUGGAGAGGAUAAGGCAAAAGUGUUGAAUAUUGUGAAGCCCAACAUAGCCCAUUUUCGUGAGCUCUACGGCAGCAUUCUACAGGAGAAUCCCCAAGUGGUGUAUAAAAUCCAGCAAGGCAGCCUGGAGAUCGAUAAAAGCCCAGAAGGACAGUUCACUCAACUAAUGACAUUGCCCAAAACCUUACAGCAACAAAUAAAUCAUAUUAUGGACCCUCCUGGAAAAAACAGAGAUGUGGAAGAAACUUUAUUGCAAGUGGCUCAUGACCCCGACUGUGGAGACGUGGUGCGUCUAGGGCUCUCAGCAAUCGUGAGACCUUCCAGUAUGAGACAGAGCACCAAAGGCAUUUUCACUGCUGGCCUGAAGAAAUCAGUGAUUUAUAGUUCUCUAAAACUGCGUAAAAUGUGGAAAGGAUGGCUGAGAAAAACAUCCUGACUUUGCUUGCUUUUAUCUAUGUUAUGUGUAGCUGAAUAAAAUGAUCCUUUUUGACAGAA